GUGGGCUCUGCUUCCCGGCGGGGUCCUGCGGAGUUGGCUGAAGCUGGUCCCGGGACUGGGGGGCUGAGCUGCGUAGAAGCGGGUGGCUGGCAAGAGGGGAGGAGAGCUCUGAGUGGGAAGCGGAGCCGGGGGUCUGGGACCCAUCGCGUCGGAGCCAGGCAAGUGAACCGGAGCAGACGACUUCCGAUCCAGUCCUCGCUGCCGCGGCUCGGCUCCCGUCUGGGAUUUGAUUUGCUGUAUCUUCGAGCCUGUACGACCAAAACCCGCGAAGCUCGCCCAGCCCUCCCCGGCACCAGAUACAGACCCGUUCCUCCCGGGGACACAGCUGGGCGCGUCCACACCCCCGCACCCCCACACCAUGUUGUGCGAAAGGACUUCCAUUCCCCUCCUGUGUCGUUGAUGUCAGACCCCAGGCCAGCCUCUGGGCGCUGCAGUUCUCCCGGCUAAUGCUGAGGCUGCGGCUCCGGCUCUAGCACAGAAACCCGCCGCCGCGCCUGGCCCCAGCGCCCACCGUCUGCAUGUGCCCGCCGUAGCCGCCUGCCUAGCCCGCAGCCCGCGCUCCCUGGAGCGCUGGAGACCACCGCGGGGGGCCCCUUUUGCUCUUGGGAGAAGCGGUCUUGGAGGUAUUGAUUUCGGCGGUUGGAUUUUUCUGGUGGAUCUAUCAAUUCUCAAUUCGAAUUUGGAAGAGAAAAGGAAAACAUGACGUCUCCAGCCAAAUUCAAAAAGGAUAAGGAGAUCAUAGCAGAAUACGAUACUCAGGUCAAAGAGAUCCGGGCUCAGCUCACGGAGCAGAUGAAGUGCCUGGACCAGCAGUGUGAGCUUCGGGUGCAGCUGUUGCAAGACCUGCAGGACUUCUUCCGGAAGAAGGCCGAGAUUGAGACGGACUACUCUCGCAACCUGGAGAAGCUGGCCGAGCGCUUCCUGGCCAAGACACGUAGCACCAAGGACCAGCAAUUCAAACUAGAUGAUGUCAUGAAUGGAACCCAGGGCCUCAGGAAAGAUCAGAAUGUUCUCUCUCCAGUCAACUGUUGGAAUCUCCUUUUAAACCAGGUUAAACGGGAGAGCAGGGACCACACCACCCUGAGUGAUAUCUACCUGAAUAAUAUAAUUCCUCGAUUUGUCCAAGUCAGCGAGGACUCAGGAAGACUCUUUAAAAAGAGUAAAGAAGUCGGCCAGCAGCUCCAAGAUGAUUUGAUGAAGGUCCUGAAUGAGCUCUACUCGGUCAUGAAGACAUAUCACAUGUACAAUGCCGACAGCAUCAGUGCGCAGAGCAAGCUGAAGGAGGCGGAGAAGCAAGAGGAGAAGCAGAUUGGUAAAUCCGUGAAGCAGGAGGACCGGCAGACCCCGCGUUCCCCUGAUUCUACAGCCAAUGUCCGCAUCGAGGAGAAACAUGUCCGGCGGAGCUCGGUGAAGAAGAUUGAGAAGAUGAAGGAGAAGCGCCAAGCGAAGUACACAGAGAAUAAGCUGAAGGCCAUUAAAGCCCGGAAUGAGUACUUGCUGGCUUUGGAGGCGACCAAUGCAUCUGUCUUCAAGUACUACAUCCACGACCUGUCCGACCUUAUUGAUCAGUGUUGUGACCUGGGCUACCAUGCUAGCCUAAACCGGGCCCUGCGCACCUUCCUGUCUGCUGAGUUAAAUCUGGAACAGUCCAAGCACGAGGGUCUGGAUGCCAUCGAGAACGCGGUCGAAAACUUGGAUGCCACCAGUGACAAGCAGCGCCUCAUGGAGAUGUACAACAAUGUCUUCUGCCCCCCAAUGAAGUUUGAGUUCCAGCCCCACAUGGGCGACAUGGCUUCCCAGCUCUGUGCCCAGCAGCCUGUCCAGAGUGAGCUGGUGCAGAGAUGCCAACAGCUGCAGUCUCGCCUAUCCACUCUGAAGAUUGAGAAUGAAGAGGUAAAGAAGACGAUGGAGGCCACCCUGCAGACCAUCCAGGACAUCGUGACUGUCGAAGACUUCGACGUGUCUGACUGCUUCCAGUACAGCAACUCCAUGGAGUCUGUCAAGUCAACCGUCUCAGAAACCUUCAUGAGCAAGCCCAGCAUUGCUAAGCGGAGGGCCAACCAGCAGGAGACAGAGCAGUUUUACUUCACGAAAAUGAAGGAGUACCUGGAGGGCAGGAACCUCAUCACCAAGUUGCAAGCCAAGCACGACCUUUUGCAGAAAACCCUGGGAGAAAGUCAGCGGACAGAUUGCAGUCUGGCCAGGCGUAGCUCAACCGUGAGGAAACAGGACUCCAGCCAGGCAAUUCCUCUGGUGGUGGAAAGCUGCAUCCGGUUUAUCAGCAGACAUGGACUACAGCAUGAAGGAAUUUUCCGGGUGUCUGGAUCCCAGGUGGAAGUGAAUGACAUCAAAAAUGCCUUUGAGAGAGGAGAGGACCCCCUGGCGGGGGACCAGAAUGACCAUGACAUGGAUUCCAUAGCAGGCGUCCUGAAGCUUCACUUCCGGGGUCUGGAACACCCGCUGUUCCCCAAGGACGUCUUCCAUGACCUAAUGGCGUGUGUCACAAUGGACAACCUGCAGGAGAGAGCUCUGCACAUCCGGAAAGUCCUCCUGGCCCUACCCAAAACCACUCUGAUUAUCAUGAGAUACCUCUUUGCCUUCCUCAGUCAUUUGUCACAGUUCAGUGAAGAGAACAUGAUGGAUCCCUACAACCUCGCCAUCUGCUUCGGGCCCUCGCUGAUGUCAGUGCCGGAGGGCCAUGACCAGGUGUCUUGCCAAGCCCAUGUGAACGAGCUGAUCAAAACCAUCAUCAUCCAGCACGAGAACAUCUUCCCCAACCCCAGGGAGCUGGAGGGCCCCAUCUACAGCAGAGGAGGAAGCAUGGAGGAUUACUGUGAUAGCCCACAUGGAGAGACUACCUCAGCUGAAGACUCCACGCAGGAUGUGACCACAGAACACCACACAAGCGAUGACGAGUGCGACCCCAUCGAGGCCAUUGCCAGGUUUGACUACGUGGGCCGGACAGCCCGGGAGCUGUCCUUCAGGAAGGGGGCGUCGCUGCUGCUUUACCAGCGGGCGUCCGACGACUGGUGGGAAGGCCGGCACAACGGGAUCGAUGGGCUCAUCCCCCAUCAGUACAUCGUGGUCCAAGACACCGAGGACGGUGUCGUGGAGAGGUCCAGCCCCAAGUCCGAGAUUGAGGUCCUUUCUGAGCCACCUGAAGAAAAGGUGACACCCAGAGUGGGGGCCAGCUGUCCCGGUGGGGGUCACGUAGCCGAUAUUUAUCUUGCAAACAUCAACAAGCAAAGGAAGCGUCCAGAACCUGGGAGCAUCCGGAAAACCUUUCGAAGCGACAGCCAUGGGCUGAGCAGUUCCCUGACUGACUCCUCCCCGGGGGUGGGGGCCAGCUGCCGCCCGUCCUCCCAGCCCGUCCUGAGCCAGAGUCUCCCCAAGGAAGGGCCAGAUAAGUGCCCCAUCAGCGGGCAUGGGAGCCUCAACUCCAUCAGCCGCCACUCCUCCCUGAAGAACCGGCUGGACAGUCCGCAGAUCCGGAAGGCUGCCACAGCGGGCAGGUCCCGGAGCUUCAAUAACCACCGGCCCACGGACCCUGAGGUCGUUGCACAGGACAUUGAGGCGACAAUGAACUCUGCCCUGAAUGAGCUGCGGGAGCUAGAGCGGCAGAGCAGUGCCAAGCACACCCCCGACGUGGUUCUAGACACCUUGGAGCCCCUCAAAACCUCACCGGUGGCGGCCCCCACCUCGGAGCCCUCCAGCCCCCUGCACACCCAGCUGCUCAAGGACCCUGAGCCCGCCUUCCAGCGCAGCGCCAGCGCCAGCACCGCGGGGGACAUGGCCUGUGCCUUCCGGCCCGUCAAGUCCGUCAAGAUGGCUGCCCCGGUCAAGCCCCCCGCCACACGACCCAAGCCCGCCGUCUUCCCCAAAACGAAUGCCACUAGCCCUGGUGUCAACUCGUCAGCUUCCCCACAGUCCACUGACAAGUCCUGUACUGUCUGAGGGGUAUAAUUUAAUUGUUCUAGACAAGGGGACUGUAGGGACUGACUGUUAUUAAACUCUUCCUAUUUAACUAGCUUGGGGACUUCAGUUGAAAACUAGAUUCUAAGUUGUUCUGGCAGAAUUAGCCUCCCCAUCACCCAAACCUCAAGAAUGAAGCCCUUGUCACCGCCUCUCCCUUCCCUUCCCACUGCCCUCUGCUUCCCCCGGUCAUUGUAAUCCAGCCAGCUGCAGUCUACGUUCUUAGGUCAGCCAGAGACAGUUUUCGUUACCAGGUCGUGGUGAAGUCUGGCAAGGCAAAGCAAGACACGGAGGACACGGGCUCAGGGCUCAUCCCCUUGGUCUCGGCCACGCGGUCUGCCCCUCCAUCCAGCUGUCGGUGACAUCUGGCUUUGGCCAGAUCUGAUUAUAGAGAAUCGUGGAGUCUGUUCGCUUCACACACACACACACACACGUUUUCCUGGUCUCUGGCACAUGUGGCCUCCCGCUCAGAAACCAGUCUCUGUAAAUUACUGUGGCAGUUCAUACAGGAGAGCCACCCGGGACUCUUUCCAUCACAGACUCUGUUCUUUUGGGCCAGAACCUGCCUUGCCUUUGGAGUCUCUCAUUCUGAAAUGCAGCAGGAUGGGCCGAUCUGUAAUCUGCGUGGGCUGGUGCCUUUCCCUCCGUCUUCCUCCUAUUGCUGUGAGUUGGUCACUGGUGUUCGCUUUUCUCUCCUCCAUCCUGUAGAAGUACAACCCAAUCUGAUUAAGGAGCUUUUCAAGUUUUUCUGAAUGUAUAGACAUUUCUCUCGUUCCUAUCUUUGUCUCCGAGGGAGCAUUUUCCAUUUAAGACAGUUUCCUAUGUAAGACAGUUUUAUAGCUGAUUGCUUUUAGAGUAAAGAGUUAAAGUUUUAUUGUGUUUGUGGCAGGUUUGAUAAAGGUAAGAAAUGGGUCCUUCCUCCUUCCACCUUUGGGGCACUUAACUCAUAGAAUUCAUUAUGCUAUUAAAAAGUUAAAUUCCACUUUGCUAACAAAAAAAUUGUUCCCAAAUGAAAAAUUCUUUGAAGUUCACCCCUUGGUUGGGUUAUUUUAUAAGGUCUCUCUGGGGACCAACAGGGACUUAGCCCUCGUUGAGACAGACACUGCCCCUUCAAGUCGGUUUCCAUUCCUCCAAACGAGGACACCUAAGGAAGCCUGGCCCCAGACGUUCCAAAGUCCACUCAAGACCAGAAUCUAAAGAGAAGGAGAUGCUGCAUACUUCGGCCUGCCUUUGGCCCCUCCUGGUCUCCCUCCAAAAUGCAGAAAUGGUGCCCCUGCCUGCUCCAAGGCAGCUUGCAGGCUGGCGCUCAUGUGCUCGCACCGGGCUGCCACGGGCCCCCAGCCUGGGCACACCACAGCUCAGGCCCACAGGCCCACGGCUCCGCGAAUAGAAGCUGAAGCUCACCCUCUUCUCUGCGUUUUCUGCUUUGGCAGCUACGCUUUUAUUUUAGCCUUUCCGUUUCUGUAGUUGAGGAGAGACGCUGGGUGGCCGCUCUGGUAGGAAAAUGGGAGUGCUCUUGUCUUUGCCCCGGAAGGGAUCCUGUUGGGACCCACACGUGAAGCUGGCAGUGGGACCCCUGGAAAGCUUGGGUGUUUUUCAUUCUGUGUGAGUAGGAGGGCCUGGGAGUCCCUGACGGAAGGGUUACCUGACCGCCACAUCAGGGAAACCACUCCAGGACCGGGGUGAGCCAGGCUCCCUUCAGCAGAGUGCGUCUCCCUGGAGAGCUCACCCACGUUCCUGGGACUCCUGGUCUUCACCGCUCUGUUGAGAGGCCCGUUCUUGUCUUGGCCCAGGCUCAUCCAGGUCCUGAGCCAAGAGGGGCUUUCAGACUCAAGGAUCUGCUUCCCAUUGAAAAUGAAACCCCACUCUACAUUCCUUUCAACCCAGCUGAUUAAAACUGGCUCCCUGCCUGCUCUUCGCGCCGCCCCCCAUGUACGCCCUCCCCUAGGAAAGUGAAAGGGAAACUUUCUUAAGAACCGCUUGGGCCCCGCCCUGUUGCUCUCGCCUCAUUUCCCUCUCAACCCUGCACAUGCCUGUGUUUGCCACCCCCUUGGUCCGUGUCCCUCUGCUGGUUGAGUCAUGACCUGCGCGGUGUGUGAGCGGUUGCCUGUGAACCCCAGCUCUGGGAGCCGGGCCUCAUCUCUGGUGCUCCUGACGCCUGCGAGGUGGCCCUGUCCGGAGGACCGGGAACCGGCAGGAGGAGAGUUCUCGGCGGAGUUCACCGCAGUCAGCUGGAAUUGGGGUCGGCGCACACUGUGAUUCUGCACCACAGGGCCGAAGGGAGCUGGUACCCCAAGUCUUCAGACACGCUUGCUGAAACCAGCACCAUGCUUCCGGGAGCCCUGCUCUGCCCACUGGGGCCUGGAUCCUCUGCCUGGCCGGGGCUCUGAAGGCUCGGUCUCUGGGAGGGGAGGUGGAUGGGGCUCCCUGCAUCCCACUUUGGACAGCGGAGGAGUUUGCAGCCGGCAGCCUGGAAACUGGAAACCCUGGUCUCAGCCAACCUCAGGGCACCCAGGUCUGUCCCCAAGACAGGUGCACUGGUGCCAGCAUCAGAAGGAACAGACCGCGGGCAGGGCUGGUGUCCAUGGACUCGACCUUCAGAAGGGAAGUUGGAUCUUCCAGGGCAUCGCAGUGUUGUGGCGUCUGGCUUGUAGGUCACGUCUGUGUAAAAUGGUAUAUUCUUUAAAUAGUGUUGAUAACUGGAAUAUUGUAUGUAUGCUUGGAGAUGCUUUUUGUGAACCUAAGACUGUCACUCAACAGAUGUUGGAUUGGGGAAAAUCCAAAGCACAACUUCAAAAUAAAAUACAUUUUUAGGUUUCGA